GAACGGCCAUCGGCAUCUCGGGACCUUUUGGUGGGCGCUUGCGCUUAAAUCGACUAGCUUGUAAAUUUGUAUGGAAAGCUCCAUUUCAAUCCAAACUGUAUCGAUAUCAACCUCUAUCACGAAUCUCCAACUCCGUCACCACGACUCCAUUCGAACAAUUAUCAAUUUAUUCGAAUCCUUAAACUCCUCAAAAUGGUUUCUUACUAUCAAAUCGCCGGAAAGCAAGUUGGCUCUCACUACGUACGUGGCUCCUUCCGAAGUCCCCUCUGCUCAAACUAUUUGAUUUUUCCUUGAUGCAAUUGAAUGGCCUACAUUUGAUUGAGAGCCGAGAACCCGUGCUGAUAGAAAUGGUGAUAUUAGUUAGCUAUGGCAGUUCUCGGUUCGAUGGCUGGUAUCGUCACUUUGUCCACUCGUGGUGGAUCUGCUGCAAAGGACUCAACUCCACCAAUUAACGCCAAAAGUCCAGAUGAGGAGAAAUACAUCAAGUAGGUUCAGUGAGAGAAUCUGUUGAGCUAACAGAUUUUUACAAUUUACAUGACCUGACAUCUGCUAGGGAAUUCAUGGCAAGCAUCGAAGGAGGCAAGAGUGGAAACAACGUAGACUUGACCAAGAAGGAUGCAGGAAGAUAAAGGAUAUAUGAUAAGUUGAACGAGGCGUUGGAAUCUCUUGCCAACGGAAUACCCAGCUUCGGGUGUAAAUAUAGAACGCGGUCAUGAAUGCAUAAAUCCAAGCAGAAACCAUGUUAGAUGCGAAAUUCACGUUUUUUCUGAUAUUCCGUACCCUAAUCUCUACACCAAUUACCACUAACUAGUUCUCGAGUGGGAAGGAUAUUUGUUUACAUCCACGGAAACAUCGCAUUGCGGUGGAAAAGCCUACGCUUUUUACUGUCGUUAGUAUACAGCUUAUUCAUGGAUAAU